AUGGUCCACGUUAAUCAAUACUACCUCCCACCCACAAACCUCAUCCCCAACUCCCCGCAACCUCUCCUCCACUACAAAGGCCUCCUCUCCGAAUCCGAUCUUCGCCCCGAAAACAUACACAACAGAUUCCACCAAAAUGGCUGGAAAACACAAUGGAUCUUCCGCUACGGCCCAACUCAGCAGUCCCACUACCACUCCGCAGUUCACGAGUGCAUGGUCGUCCUAACUGGCACAGCGACAAUCCGUUUCGGAGUUGCUGACACAGACUCGGACCUCGACAAGAACACCUGGUCCGGGGCUAGAGAGAACGGUGGUGUUGAGAUUGAUGCACGUUCCGGCGACGUCUUUGUUAUCCCGGCUGGCGUGGCGCAUAAGACGUAUGAUACUACACCGGCUGCGCCGUUCGCUUUGCUCACGCCGGGGAGAGGACGGGGGAUCCAGGCGGCGAAUGUGGAAGAAGCGCUGGCGAAGGUUGAGCUUACGGGGUUUACCAUGAUGGGUGCGUAUCCGGAGAACCGUGGUGAUUGGGAUUUUAUAAUCGGUAAAGAGGAUGCUGGAAGGUUUAAGGCUGUAUGGAGUGUUGCGAAGCCGAAGAAAGACCCGGUACUUGGCGAUGACCCAGAUAGCCUAGUUGGGCUAUGGAAGGAUACACCGGAAUUUUAUGCAAAGAUUUAG